AUGUCUGAUUUGAUUAGCAACCACAAGUACUACGACCGCAGCGCGAGUUCACUACUACCUUCUACCAGUACCACUCAACAUAAUCCUAAUACUACCGGCCACCACCCACCACAACCCUGCACGCCUAGUCCGUCUGCCACGAAUCUUUCCGAAAAACCUUCGUUACCCUUGCGCGAGCCAUCUGAUUCUGCUGCUGCUUGUGGUGCUGCUGCUGCUGCUGUGGCCAACGCCCGUUCUCACCUCCGUCCGAGGUUUUCUUCUUUUACUUUUCCUCUGCAUCGUCCCUCUCCACGUUCAAUGGCGUUCAACUCUACGACAUACAGCACAGCUAGCUCAGAUAUUUCCACCCCACGGUCGUCUAGCCCGUCCUUCUCCAUCAACUCGGCCCGCUCCUCCUCCACAUCUAUUUCCAAGCGCAUGUCUAUAAGUUCUCGGCGGUCCCAGUCCCAGUUCAAUCCAAUGUCUUCGGUCAAUAUCGCUGCCAUUGAGGCUCAAAUGAAAAUGGCUGCUCUCGACGGACUCCGUGGCUACGCUCAGAACCACUACGGUGAGGUGCAACAAUACCGUAGCACCGACUAUGUUCCCAAGUCGUCCGCAGGUGGCUACCAAGUUCUGCGGGAGCCUCUGUGGAAUAAGGGUCUCUCCUUUACACCCGAGGACAGAGUCUCCAAGAAUCUGACUGGUCUGAUUCCCCAUGCCAUGGAGAGCGCCGAGACACAAGUCGAGAGAUGCAUGAAGAUGAUCCACUCGAGACAAACCAACAUUGACAAGUACCUGUAUCUGUCUUCUCUCAAGGACCAAAAUGUCGACCUCUUUUACCGCGUGCUCAUUGACAAUGUUCGUGAGCUGAUGCCUCUGGUCUACACACCCACCAUUGGUGACGUCUGUCUGCAAUACUCGACCUUGUACACCCGUCCCGAGGCUCUGUACAUUUCCAUCAAGCAGCGAAAGUCCAUCAAGACCAUUCUCCGGAAUUGGCCUCACGCCAACCCCGAGAUUUGCGUCGUGACUGACGGAUCUCGAAUUCUUGGCUUGGGUGACCUGGGUGUCAACGGUGUGGGGAUUUCUAUCGGGAAACUAGCCCUAUACACUGGCGCUGCCGGUAUCCACCCCGGCAAGACCCUUCCAAUUGUUUUGGAUUGCGGUACUGCCAAUGAGGACAACUUGAGGGAUCCCCUUUACCUUGGUCUCCGUGCCAAGCGACCUUCUUUCGAGGUCAUGCAGGAUUUCAUGGAUGAGUUCAUGGCUGCUUGCGCCGAGGUCUACCCCGAAAUGCUCAUCCAGUUUGAGGAUUUUGAGACCGAGAAGGCCUUUGCUUUCCUUGACCGCUACCGCAACCAAUACAAGUGCUUCAACGAUGAUAUCCAGGGUACUGGUGCCGUCGUUCUUGGUGGUUACAUUGGCGCUGUCAACUUGUCUGGUGUUCCUCUCGAUGAGCAACGCCUCGUCUUCAUGGGCGCAGGUUCCGCUGGUGUUGGUGUCGCCAAGCAGAUGGUCGAGUACUACACCCGACGUGGUCUUACGGAACAGGAGGCCAAGGACAAGUUCUGGCUGGUCGACACCAAGGGUCUCGUGACCAAGGACCGUGGUGACAAGCUGGCUGAGCACAAGAAGUACUUUGCCCGCUCGGACAACAACGGACACCAGUUCAGGACCCUCGAGGAAGUCAUUGAGUACGUCCGCCCGUCUGCCCUGGUCGGUCUUACCGCCACCUUUGGCUGCUUCACCGAGUCCGUCGUGCGCGCCCUCAAGGCAUCCGUCGACUCUGGCGGUGUUGGACGCCGACCCAUCCUCUUCCCCCUCAGCAACCCCCUGACCAAGGCCGAGUGUACCUUUGAGCAAGCCAUCCAGUGGACCGACGGCACCGUCAUCUUUGCCUCUGGCUCGCCCUUCUCCCCCAUCAACGUCAAGCACAGCGAGGGCACCGUCACGUACUACCCCAACCAGGGCAACAAUGUCUACGUCUUCCCCGGUCUCGGCCUGGGCGCCAUCCUGGCCAAGGCCACGAGCGUGACCGACGAAAUGGUCUACAUUGCAGCCUCGUCCCUGUCCGAGACCCUCAACGCCGAGGAGAUCCACAAGGGUCUCAUCUACCCCCGCAUCGAGCGCGUGCGCGACGCCAGCGUCGUUGUCGCCCGCGAGGUCAUGAAGGCUGCCCGCCGCGAAGGCGUCAGCGCCAUUCCCGAGUCGCAAUGGGUCGAGUGGGAGGAGUGGGGUGAUGUCGCCCUCACCAAGUGGAUCAAGGACCGCGUCUACGAUCCUCUCAAGUAA